GGGGGGCUACUAAAAAUUACAUGACCCACCCACUCACCCAUGGUUUUCCAAAGCUCCCCACCUCAGCAAUUCAGUCACUCUCUUAAGAUGGUGCCAAAAUGUGUUUGCCUUUUCCCCUCCCAAGCCCAGGCGUAGCUAGUAGAGAGAGAGAGAGAGGGGUUUGCUUGUCCAAUUCUGAAACUCAAGAUACCGAUUGCCGAUUUCUCACCCUGUCCGAUCAAAUACAUCCAGAUCCUUCUUACCACACAGGAUUCUGCAGGUUGCCUCUGUACAUAUCGCAGUCGUUAUAGAAUUGGAAGAAGAUAUGAGUGGAGCUGUGCUCGUUGCCGUUGCUGCCGCAAUAGGCAACUUAUUACAAGGAUGGGACAAUGCGACUAUCGCUGGGGCUGUAUUAUAUAUAAAGAAGGAAUUCAAUUUGGAAGGUGAACCAACUAUAGAGGGGCUAAUUGUAGCCAUGUCCCUCAUUGGUGCUAUCUCAAUUACGACAUGCUCUGGUGCUGCAGCAGAUUGGCUUGGUCGCCGACCCCUGCUUAUAAUUUCAUCUGUCUUCUACUUUGUUAGCAGUCUAGUAAUGUUGUGGUCCCCUAAUGUUUAUGUACUACUGAUUGCAAGGCUUCUAGAUGGCUUUGGAAUUGGUUUAUCGGUUACUAUUGUUCCAGUCUAUAUUUCUGAGACAGCACCACCUGAGAUAAGGGGAUUAUUGAAUACUUUGCCUCAGUUUACUGGUUCAGGGGGAAUGUUCUUGUCAUACUGUAUGAUUUUUGGAAUGUCCCUGAUGAAUUCACCAAGCUGGAGGUUGAUGCUCGGGAUUCUUGCCCUUCCCUCCCUCUUUUAUUUUGUAUUAACAGCAUUUUACCUGCCUGAGUCUCCAAGGUGGCUUGUGAGUAAAGGGCGCAUGCUUGAGGCCAAACAGGUGUUGCAGAGACUGCGUGGCACCGAAGAUGUCUCCGGUGAAAUGGCUUUGCUGGUCGAAGGUCUUGGAGUAGGAGGUGAAACAUCUAUAGAAGAAUACAUCAUUUGUCCAGCCAAUGUACUUACUGGUGACCAGGAACCAACUGCUGAUAGUGAUAAAAUUGGGUUAUAUGGGCAAGAAGGUGCAUCUUGGGUUGCUCGACCAGUCACUAGGCAGAGUUCUGUGGGUUUUGCAUCUCGUCAAGGAAGCAUUGCAAGCCAAAAGGUGCCUCUUAUGGAUCCUGUUGUGAUGCUCUUUGGCAGUAUCCAUGAAAAACUUCCGGAGACAGGAAGCAUGAGAAGCAUGCUUUUUCCACACUUUGGCAGCAUGUUCAGCAUUGCAGGCCAGCAACCUAAAAAUGAAGAGUGGGAUGAAGAGAGCCUUGCCAGAGAAGGGGAGGAUUACACAUCUGAUGCUGCUCCUGCUGAUUCUGAUGACAACUUGCAGAGUCCACUAAUUUCGCGUCAGACAACGACUUUGGAGAAAGACAUGGUCCCGUCAGCUGCCCAUGGAAGUAUUGUAACCUUGAGGCAAGAUAGUCUCAUGCUGGGAAACACUGGAGAACCAGUCAACAGCUUGGGUAUUGGUGGGGGCUGGCAGCUGGCAUGGAAGUGGACUGAGAGAGAAGGUCAGGAUGGAAAGAAGGAAGGUGGCUUUAAAAGAAUGUAUUUGCAUCAGGAGGGUGUCCCUGGAUCUCAGCAUGCAUCUGUAGUUUCUCUUCCUGGUGGUGAUGCCCCUGGGGAUAAUGAAUUCAUUCAGGCUGCUGCUUUGGUGAGUCAACCAGCCUUAUAUUCUGAGAAGCUUAUGAGUCAGAAUCCAAUUGGACCAGCUAUGGUACACCCUUCUGAAACUGCAGCCAAAGGGCCUAGUUGGGUUGACCUUUUUGAACCAGGAGUCAAGCAUGCUUUGGCUGUUGGGGUGGGAAUUCAAAUACUUCAGCAGUUUUCUGGGAUAAAUGGGGUACUCUACUACACUCCUCAAAUUUUGGAGCAGGCAGGUGUUGGAGUUCUUUUGUCAAAUAUGGGAAUCAGUUCAGGUUCUGCAUCUCUUCUCAUCAGUGCCAUCACGACCAUGUUGAUGCUUCCUUCUAUAGCAAUUGCUAUGAGGCUCAUGGAUAUCUCUGGCAGAAGGAGCUUACUGCUUGGCACAAUCCCUGUCUUGAUAGUAGCCCUCGUUGUCCUUGUAAUUGGAAGUCUUGUGAACUUGGGAGAUGUUGCAAAUGCUGCUAUUUCUACUGUUAGUGUUGUGGUCUACUUCUGUUGUUUCGUGAUGGGAUUUGGGCCAGUCCCCAACAUACUGUGCGCAGAAAUCUUCCCAACCAGGGUUCGUGGUCUCUGCAUUGCCAUAUGUGCCCUUACAUUUUGGAUUGGGGACAUCAUUGUUACCUACUCGUUGCCCAUGCUGCUCAGCUCCGUUGGCCUUUCUGGUGUUUUUGGUAUGUAUGCUGUUGUGUGCAUCAUAUCGUGGUUUUUCGUUUUCCUAAAGGUGCCAGAAACCAAGGGCAUGCCGCUUGAAGUGAUCAGUGAGUUUUUCUCUCUUGGUGCUAAACAGGCAGCUGUUUCUGAGAACCGUUGAGUUACUAUAAGUAUGUGAUGAAAAGCUUUUGAUUUGGUGGGUGUAUCAAAUAUGAAUUUGGUUUUUUUUUUUUUUGGUUCCCUCAAGUUUGUGAAAGGCUUAGAGUUCUAAAAAUGUGUAGGAAAACCUAAAACUUCUCUUUGUAUCCUAACUCUCUUAAUCAAAUUGGCAUUUUAUUUGUUGGUC